AUGUCCAAGGAACGCAGCGAUGCGGUCGACAACGAGCAACAUGACACCUCCGAGACGGAGCUUGAAAGCGGAUUUGUUCAACCUCAGAACCGCUUAAUGGCUCUUUAUGCCAGUGAGUGUCCGCAAGUCCAGCAACAUCAGCAUCAGUUGACAGACCUGACAGACCCAUGGAUGCAAAUCAUCCUCAUCAGUGUCAUCUGUUUCUGCUGUCCCGGGAUGUACAACGCCCUCAGUGGCCUGGGAGGCUCCGGCCAAGUCGACCCAACCGUAGCAGCCAACGGCAAUGUCGCCCUGCUCUCAUGCACAGCAGUAACCGCCCUGUUCUUCGCUGGUCCACUGUUCAACCUGAUCGGACCCAAGUUCACCUUCCUGCUUGGCGGCUGGACCUAUGCACUUUACUCUGGCUCUCUGCUCAACUUCAAUCAUACUUCCAACGGCUCGUUCGUCAUCGGAUCAGCUGCAAUCUUGGGAAUCGGAGCUUCCAUGCUCUGGGUCGUCCAAGGUGCCAUCAUGACGACCUACGUUACGGAGGCACAGAAGGGCCGAGCCAUAGCGACCUUUUGGGUCAUCUUCAACUUGGGCGGUGGUGUUGGGAGUCUUGCGUCCUUUGGCCUAAACUAUCACUCGGAUUCGGGCACCGUCAGCGAUAGUACUUACAUUGCGCUGAUGAUCAUUAUGCUGUUCGGUUGGGCUUUGGGUGUACUCAUCUGCUCGCCGAAGCGGAUAAGGCUCGCUCAAUUGCUGGAGGCGGAAGAGCGUGAGAAGCGAGGGUUCAAGGACGUUUUCGUUGCUGCUUUCAAGACUAUGGCGAAGUGGAGAGUCCUCUGCAUGCUCCCCCUCUUCUUCUGCGCCAACGUCUUCUACAGCUACCAGCAAAACUACGUCAACGGCGAGACUUUCAACAUCCGCUCCCGCUCCUUGAAUGGUGCAUUCUACUGGAUGGCGCAGAUGUUCGGAGGCCUGAUCAUUGGCUUUCUGCUCGAUCUUCCCAUGCUAUCCCGGCCAAAUCGUGCCAAACUUGGCUAG